UCUAUUUUAAAGAUACUUAAUAUUUUUUUGUAGUUGAGUUUUGUAAUUUUUGAGGCGUUUAUCUCUUACAAAAUCACUAGGGUUUUAAACAUCUAAAGUGAAAACAGGAACAAAAACGUAACUUUAAACAUUUUAUCUACCGAAGAAUGGUUUGAAAAAGAAAUUGACAAUUUUUAUUACAGAACUACUUUUGGGUCUUUAAAAGUAGCAGCAGCUGCAUUGACAUCGUCUCUCAUCUCUCAACAUCCCACCACCACCAGUCACCAAGAGUAACAACAAUGUCUGACGAGAGUGGAAGUCCGACGUUCAUCAUCGCCGAUUUCUCAGACGACGACGCGGCUAACGAAAACUGGCCGGAGAUUGAGUUCCGGUCACCGGAGGACGAGGCUUGGUACGGUGUGGACGUGUGGGAGUUGUGCGACUCUCUGGUGGUCACCUUCAACGGCUUCUCCUUCGAGUACGACGAGGUGUACUCGCCGGACGAUUUCAAGAACUCCGACGAGUUAAAAGAGUUCGAAGAGAGGUUCCGUGCUUGCUCCGUUCAGAUGCAAGACACCGAGUGCGCGACGCUCGCGCAAGGCACGAAGGUCUGCGCCACGUGUCCUUCCGUCGCCGGGGAAGUCAAGUUCUACGACGCCAUCGUCGUUAACGUGUCGAGGGAGAAGCAUGGUGUGGACGAGGAAGGGAACGAAGUGUGUGGAUGUGAUUACAAACUAUACUGGAACCAAGGUCCUUUCGUUAACAAUGUUACGUCUGCAAAAGUUGGUGACAUUUGUCUUGUUCAGGAAGAUAAACGAAUGAAGCCGAAAGUUGUCACUUUCUUGAAAGAAGCUAGGAGGCAGCUUCUUGGAGAAGCUCCCCAAGGAAAAGAAACAGAGUGGCAAAAGAUACUUAAGAAGGUCACUUCUGCUAUUCGAGACCACAACUUAGAUCCAUCUGUUCCAGAGAAUCAAGGUUAAACGGAUAACUAGCUUUUGUUGCUUAGCAAACAUUUGAAAGCUGUGUGUGGUUUCGUUAUCUCUUAAAAUGGUUCGGUAGAAAACUAUGUAAACCCUUUUGAGGUAUCUCUUGUUUAGUCCUUCUCUAGUAUCUAUUCUGGAAAGCUCUUGUAGAACAUCCUGAUUUUGCACCCGUUGGCUCUAAAAAGCUUGAAUCGUUGAUGAACAUUAGAUUAACCUUGUCAUAACUUAUAGUUUCAUUAGCAAACUACACACACACACUAACUUAGACAACACCAAAAGAGAGAAAUGACAAGUUCAAAACAACCAUUUAUAUUGAAUAUUAGCAAAUGCAGAUCCAAAGAUCACUUGAAAUUGUGAACAAGCCGGCGAAGGAAAACCUAAGUUUCAAAAGUUUAAACUGUGGUUUUUAAAAAUCAGAGGUCUGACCAGAAAGCAAAUGCGAGUACUGUUCUUGCGAGAGAGAACGAUGGUGACGUAUACGUGUCAUCAAUUUUACUUGUAAAAUAUAGUAGUUAUUAAUUUGAAAGAAAAAAACAGUCAAAAGAUGCUAUUAAUACUGUCAGAAGGACUUGUAGCACAAGAAACUAGUCUGGUCAAAGUCAUUUCUGAUAGCACCAUAGUCAAUUGAUGUCUAUUGAUCAAAAAUAGACUAUGGUGUUUGCACAUGGUGUCAUGAUCGUACAGGCUAAGUAUAUAGCUAUAAAGUGCAGGAAAAUGCAGCAAAUGAUAAAUCAGAUAUACUUGUACGUUUGUACACAACUAAUGUUGGGUAAGUUCGUUUCUUAUUAAAGAUCAUGUUUAGCACGGAAUCAAUUUGGUUUUUCAAGCAAGGAAAAAAAAAAGCAAAGGAUGGAGCAACUAAUUGACAUCAAUUCUGAGUAGAAUAACAAUACUAAGACAACUUAAAACAAACGUUAUAGCCUUGUCAAAAAAAAAACACAAAUCAUUUUGAGAAAAUUCAAUUUUUGGAUUCCAACCCCAC